AUGCAUCAUGCGCUCGUCAAAAUAUUCCCUACCUUCCACGGGUAUGUUGACUCCACCACCGACGUGCUCCUCAUCUUGCAAGCUGUACUGGAUGGCGAACUCACCGCCGUGUCCCGCAGACCAUACGAAAUCGAGCGCUCUCAGCUCAUAGCCUCUGGGAAUGUGUUUGUCUUCAUAGAGGAAAUCUCGGGCAUCCGUCGCUGGACCGAUGGUAUGUCCUGGUCGCCCUCGCGGAUUCUUGGCAAGUUCCUCGUGUAUCGCGAGCAAGAAAAGCACAAAUCUUCUCAAUCCUCGGCCGCGCUCAUGAAUCCUCGACCAGUGUCACCUUCGUCGGCUGCUGCGUGUCCUCUUCGUACCGGUGGUCUAAUCAAAAAAUCCAUGUCUUUGCACUUGUACGAUGCCCUGCACCAACAGCGGCAGACUGUGCAUUUAAUCUCCUACUACACCAAGUAUGACUGCGAUUCCGGCAAGCUCAAAUCCCCCUCUUCAGACCCAUUUUUCGGUUCCAUAAGGCCCUGCCCUCAGCUCAUCGAUGCGCUGGAUUCGACUACUGUGGGAGGAGGUUCUCGAAAUAACAACGUGUCACAUAAUUUGAACGGUAUAACAGGCCUUUGUAAACGUGAGGAAGAUGCCUCACAAAUGCUACCACCUGCUUCUCCUUUUUCUUACUCUCAACCAUGCCUUCCAAAAUUACUUCAGCAUUCAGCAUCUUGGCCUGUACACUUUCAUACCGAUCGUGCGGAUUCCAAUUCACUAGCGAAUAGUCAGGGUACCUCUAGGUUCCAGUUCUCUACCGAAGGGACGCCUUUGUCAUAUUAUCAUUCAUAUGAUAAUAUCCCGCCUCUUGCAUCCCAUAAAUCGGGAGCAAAUUCUGUCUUUGGGCCCAUGGAACGUCCACCGCCUCCUGCAAUGAAGGCAGGCGGUCCUAUUUACCUCCCUCCCCCAGUACAGUCCAUAUACCUGUCAAUAUCACCCGCGGCGCCAUACGAAGACCAUGUUAUGCCGCAUGCUUUCUUAAAUUAUCAACAUUGUCAAGAGCAGCAGCCACGUAUGCAGCUUUGCGAUGGCGCACAAUCUCCUAACCCAUAUCAGAAGCAUUCCUUCUUACCGCUUCAGGCAAAACCUGCAUCUUGUUUGGGAGUAGAGCUUCCGCCAGUGGCUCAUAUCACCGGUCAGCUGCGAAUGGAUCAAUACCCAAUUGGCUGA